UCAGCCUGCUUCCGGACGAGCGAGGAGACUCGUGGUCUGGUUCUGGGACUUCCCUAACAGCAUGGCCCCUAAACGCCAGUCUCCACUCCCGCCUCAAAAGAAGAAACCAAGACCACCUCCUGCUCUGGGACCGGAAGAGACAUCGGCCUCUGCAGGCUUGCCGAAGAAGGGAGAAAAAGAACAGCAAGAAGCAAUUGAACACAUUGAUGAAGUACAAAAUGAAACAGACAGACUUAAUGAACAAGCCAGUGAGGAGAUUUUGAAAGUAGAACAGAAAUAUAACAAACUCCGCCAACCAUUUUUUCAGAAGAGGUCAGAAUUGAUCGCCAAAAUCCCAAAUUUUUGGGUAACAACAUUUGUCAACCAUCCACAGGUGUCUGCACUGCUUGGGGAGGAAGACGAAGAGGCACUGCAUUAUUUGACCAGAGUUGAAGUGACAGAAUUUGAAGAUAUUAAAUCAGGUUACAGAAUAGAUUUUUAUUUUGAUGAAAAUCCUUACUUUGAAAAUAAAGUUAUCUCCAAAGAAUUUCAUCUGAAUGAGAGUGGUGAUCCAUCUUCGAAGUCCACCGAAAUCAAAUGGAAAUCUGGAAAGGAUUUGACGAAACGUUCAAGUCAACAGAAUAAAGUCAGCAGGAAGAGGCAGCAUGAGGAACCAGAGAGCUUCUUUACCUGGUUUACUGACCAUUCUGAUGCAGGUGCUGAUGAGUUAGGAGAGGUCAUCAAAGAUGAUAUCUGGCCAAACCCAUUACAGUACUACUUGGUUCCCGAUAUGGAUGAUGAUGAAGGAGAAGGAGAAGAAGAUGAUGAUGAUGAUGAUGAAGAGGAGGAAGGAUUAGAAGAUAUUGAUGAAGAAGCGGAUGAGGAUGAAGGUGAAGAAGAUGAAGAUGAUGAUGAAGGGGAGGAAGGAGAGGAGGAUGGAGGAGAAGAUGACUAAAUAGAACACUGAUGGAUUCCAACCUUCCUUUUUUUAAAUUUUCUCCAGUCCCUGGGAGCAAGUUGCAGUCUUUUUUUUUUUUUUUUUUUCCCUCUUGUGCUCAGUCACCCUGUUCUUGAGGUCUCUUUUCUCUGCUCCAUGGUUCUCAACUUAUUUGGGGGGAAAUACCUUGAGCAGAAUACAAUGGGAAAAGAGUCUCUACCCCUUUCUGUUCGAAGUUCGUUUUUAUCCCUUCCUGUCUGAACAAAAACUGUAUGGAAUCAACACCACCGAGCUCUGUGGGAAAAAAGAAAAACCUGCUCCCUUCGCUCUGCUAGAAGCUGGAGGGUGCUAGGCCCCUGUGUAGUAGUGCAUAGAAUUCUAGCUUUUUUCCUCCUUUCUCUGUAUAUUGGGCUCAGAGAGUACACUGUGUCUCUAUGUGAAUAUGGACAGUUAGCAUUUACCAACAUGUAUGUGUCUACUUUCUCUUGUUUAAAAAAAGAAAAAAAAAACUUAAAAAAAUGGGGUUAUAGAAGGUCAGCAAAGGGUGGGUUUGAGAUGUUUGGGUGGGUUAAGUGGGCAUUUUGACAACAUGGCUUCUCCUUUGGCAUGUUUAAUUGUGAUAUUUGACAGACAUCCUUGCAGUUUAAGAUGACACUUUUAAAAUAAAUUGUCUCCUAAUGAUGACUUGAGCCCUGCCACUCAAUGGGAGAAUCAGCAGAACCUGUAGGAUCUUAUUUGGAAUUGACAUUCUCUAUUGUAA